GCUGCGGGCGCCGGGGGAUCCGUGAAGACGGCGGCGGCACCUCCCGCCGUCUCGGAGCGCACGCGGCCGCCGGGGCUGCGGGACCGAGCAGCGCUCCGCCCGCCGGCCGCCCCGGAGCCGGCCUCGCUGCCCCGCGGUCCAGCGCCCCCUGGCCCGCUGCCGCAGCCAGCCCGCCUGCUCUCCCUGGAGCCCGGGACAUGAACGGCUACGGCUCCCCCUACCUGUACAUGGGCGGCCCGGUGUCGCAGCCGCCGCGGGCGCCCUUGCAGCGCACGCCCAAGUGCGCGCGCUGCCGCAACCACGGCGUGCUGUCCUGGCUCAAGGGCCACAAGCGCUACUGCCGCUUCAAGGACUGCACCUGCGAGAAGUGCAUCCUCAUCAUCGAGCGGCAGCGGGUCAUGGCCGCGCAGGUGGCGCUGCGCCGGCAGCAGGCCAACGAGAGCCUCGAGAGCCUCAUCCCGGACUCGCUGCGCGCCCUGCCCGGACCCCCGCCGCCGGGGGACGCCGCCGCCGCCCCGCAGCCGCCGCCGACCUCGCUGCCGUCUCAGCCGCCGCCGCCGCCACCGCGGCCCGCCGCCGAGCUGGCUGCGGCCGCCGCGCUGCGCUGGGCCGCGGAGCCCCAGGCCGGGGCGUUGCAGGCGCCCCUCGCCAAGCCAGACUUGACGGAAGAGCGGCUGGGGGACAGCAGCUCGGGCGACAACACGGAGACCUUCAGCGACAAAGACGCGGACCAGAGGAGCUCCCCAGAUGUGGCCAAAAGCAAGGGCUGCUUCACCCCGGAGAGCCCCGAGAUCGUGUCCGUGGACGAGGAGGGCUAUGCGGUGCAGAAAAACGGAGGCAACCCGGAGAGCCGCCCGGACAGCCCCAAGUACCACGGGGAGCAGAACCACCUGCUGAUCGAGGGCCCCUCGGGGACCGUGUCCCUGCCCUUCAGCUUGAAGGCCAACCGGCCGCCCCUGGAAGUGUUGAAAAAGAUCUUCCCCGCCCAGAAGCCCACGGUGCUGGAGCUCAUCCUGAAGGGCUGCGGCGGGGACCUGGUGAGCGCCGUGGAGGUCCUGCUGUCCAGCCGCUCCUCUGUCGCCGGGGCUGCCGCGGACCGGGCCGCCGAGCCCGAGGGGCUGGUGCUGCCCUCCAACGGCCACAUCUUUGAACACAGCCUGAGCUCCUACCCCAUCUCCUCCUCCAAGUGGUCCGUGGGCUCGGCCUUCAGGGUCCCGGACACGCUGAGGUUUUCGGCCGACUCCAGUAACGUUGUCCCCAACCCCUUGGCCGUACCCCUACAGCAUCCUUUCCCCCAGCCGCCCCGCUACCCGCUGAUGCUGCGGAAUACUUUGGCCAGGAACCAGUCGAGCCCCUUUUUGCCCAACGACGUGACCCUGUGGAACACCAUGACCCUGCAGCAGCAGUACCAGCUGAGGUCCCAGUACGUGGGCCCCUUCCCCGCCAACUCGGCCGGCGUCUUCCGGAGCUCGCCGGUCCUCCCCGCGCGCGCCCCGGAGGACCCCCGCAUCUCCAUCCCCGACGACGGCUGCCCGAUCGUGGCCAAGCAGACCCUCUACACCGAGGAGGACUAUGACGAAAGGUCCGACUCCUCAGACUCUAGAAUACUCAACACGUCCUCCUAAAGGCCGCUCCCUGCGGGGCGGCGUGACCAGGUGACCUUUUCUGUGCAUUCGAACCCCGGGCCCGUCAGGAGAGGCCGCUUCUGUGUCCACCCUUCCCUUCUGUUUGGCAACGUGACUGUGCUUGAUUCUAUACCUUAGCAAUAAAAAGCAUAACUUAUUUAAUUUCUUGCACUUCAUUGGGAAAAAAAUGCCAAAUAGCUCUGCUCUGUGGCUUUAGUGCUGAAUGUUUAUUGUCAAAGAGAGUCUGAUGCUAAGAAUUGUCUUGGGAAAGCCGGGUCCAGCGGCAAGGUUUAUUUGGGGAGGGAAGGCUGGGGGCCCGCUUUGCUCCCAAACUCGGACCCGGAAUGCCGACAAAACAGUAUACUUGAAUGCGGUUUUGUGAAAGAGGAUUCCUCAGGAUCUGUAAAAACGGAAGCAAGCGAUUUCGGUUGCAAAUGGACCUUAUAUUCUCAUGCUAAAAUUCCUUCUUGCAUUUUAGAGAGACGCUGCACUUCAGGAGGGAGUGAACCGCUCACGUGCUUCUGUAGGCUCGGACAGUUUUCAGAGACAAACUCCUUUAAGAAUUCUUUCCGCGUGGCUGAACUGAAACAUGCGUGAUGUCCGUGUAAAGCCCAUCCCAGCUGUGAACUGCAUGAAAUGUAUUGUGAAAUGAACACAAGGUUAAGCUUUGUCAGGUGAAUGUAGCAUGCUGAGGGCUCUAGGAAAA